UGCCGGCGAUCGCAUCGAGCAAAAAAGCUCCCCAAAAUAAGGAAACGUUCUUGAGUUCAUAAGAAAACCCCCAAAUCAACCAUAUAUUUUUAUAGUAAACAUAAAAAUAAACAAAAAAAAUAAUAUAAAAACAUAACAAACCAUAAAAAAACAAAAAGAUGUUAAUACUUUGCGUUUACGCAAAGAUAUAAAGAUAUCGCAAAAAGUACCUGGUAAAUGACAUCAAAGUGAUUGUAAACAGCAACUGUUAAACAUUUGCCAAGUGCCGUAAGGAAGCGUGAAUAAUUUACAAUUACACGCGUCCAACUGCGCAGCAAAAUAUGCUAGUGAAAAGUGCCACAACAGCAAAAGGAUCCGCAUUUCCCAGGUCCUGGGCUGCAGUAUUAAUUUGAGCCACGCCAAGGAAAAGCAGGAAAAGCCCAACAAGCAGCGGGAAAAGGUGAGCCAAGCAUGUACUAAAACUACGGAGGAGCUCCCCAUCUCCCGUCUCUUUCCGGCUCGUCCCCUGUCGCCAUCCCUUUCUCUUGAAGCGCCACGGAAGAAGCAGCAAAAGGCAAAAUGAAUAUUGGCAUCGCAGCACCGAAAUGGGAUAAAUUGUCGCCACGCGAAUUUUUGCAGCUGCAGGAGCUGGCUUCAUAUUCCACCCGAAAGCUGCAGGACGUACUGCGGGAGUUCAGCUCGCCGAGUGCCACCUCCGCGCCCAAGUGCAUUCCGGAUGGGGACAUUGAUUUCGAUGGGUUCCGGCGCUUCCUUGACUCCUUCCUCGACUGCGAGGCGCCGCUGGACCUGGCCAAGCACUUGUUUGUGUCCUUCCUCAAGCCGAAUGUCACCCAGGCCCAGCUGCAUGGCCGGGCACUUAAUCAAAUGGCCGCCAUCAGCAGCACGGCCGCCUGUGCGCCAGUCACGUCCCACACGAAGGGCUCCAUACCGAACAUCAAUAGCAUUGCCGAGCUGAUGCCGCAGUGCAGCGCCAGCGGAGGCGCAGGGGGCGUGGCCGGUGGCGACGGCCACGCACAGACCCGCAGCAGCUUUGUGGACAAAAUCCAUGGCAUCACGGAUAAAUUACAGCACUCACUGGGCGGACAUCUCUCGCACGAUCCCAGCAAGACGGGCAGCGUCCAUCCGAUGCUCACCGUGACGCCGAGUCCCUUGGCCAGCGGACCCAGCAUGUUCCAGGCCAGCAAUCCGGCCCGUCGGUCCGUGGACUCGAGUCCCUCCCACUCGGCGACCAACCACUCGCAGAUGUCCCGCAACUCCUCCAAGAAGAGCAACAAUUCGGUUAAUUGCAAAAUUGAUGGCGACAUCAAGCUCCUGGCGCGAAAACUCUCCCAUUUUGAUCCGCUGACACUCAAGGUCCCGCUGAAGGACGUCGUCUGCUAUUUAUCACUGCUCGAGGCUGGCCGUCCGGAGGAUAAGCUGGAGUUCAUGUUCCGGCUGUACGACACGGACAGCAACGGAGUCCUGGACACGGCCGAAAUGGACGCCAUUGUCAAUCAGAUGAUGGCCGUGGCCGAGUACCUCGGCUGGGAUGUCAGCGAACUGCGUCCGAUACUGCAAGAGAUGAUGGUUGAAAUUGACUAUGAUGCCGACGGCACGGUGUCCUUGGACGAAUGGCAGCGGGGCGGGAUGACAACCAUUCCUCUGCUCGUGCUCCUAGGUGUCGACAGCACCACGCUCAAGGAGGACGGCAUCCACGUGUGGCGCUUGAAGCACUUCAGCAAGCCGGCGUACUGCAACCUCUGCCUCAACAUGUUGGUGGGACUCGGCAAGAAGGGUCUCUGCUGUGUGCUGUGCAAGUACACGGUGCACGAGCGGUGCGUGCAGCACGCCCCCGCUUCCUGCAUCACCACCUACGUGAAGUCGAAGAAGCCCAAGUGCGGCGGCGACCUGCUGCACCACUGGGUGGAGGGCAACUGCUACGGGCGAUGCUCCAAGUGCCGCAAGCGGAUCAAGGCCUACCACGGCAUUACAGGACUCACCUGCCGCUGGUGCCACAUGAUGCUCCACAACCGCUGCGCUUCGUCGGUGAAAAAGGAAUGUACUUUGGGGGAGUAUGCCGAGCUGAUUGUCCCGCCCACGGCCAUUUGUCCUGCUGUACUGGAUCGCCAGCGCUCCGUCAACCAGGCCCACAAGAAAUCCCAAAUGCAUCACCACCAGGCCACCCACUUCCAAAUCACGCCGCCGGACGAGCUGAGCUGCCCGCUGCUGGUGUUCGUCAACCCGAAAAGCGGCGGUCGCCAGGGGGAUCGCAUCCUGCGGAAGUUCCAGUACAUGCUCAAUCCGCGCCAGGUGUACGACCUGUCCAAGGGCGGGCCCAAGGAGGGACUUACGCUCUUCAAGGACCUGCCCCGCUUCAGGGUCAUCUGCUGUGGCGGCGACGGCACCGUGGGCUGGGUUCUAGAGGCCAUGGAUUCCAUCGAGCUGGCCAGCCAGCCUGCCAUUGGAGUAAUUCCGCUUGGGACAGGCAACGACCUGGCCCGCUGCCUCCGAUGGGGUGGCGGCUACGAGGGCGAGAACAUCCCAAAGCUCAUGGAGAAGAUCCGAAAAGCAUCCACCGUGAUGCUGGACCGAUGGAGCAUCGAGGUCACCAACACGCCGCAGAGUGAUGACCUGCGGCCAAAAGUGACGCUGCACUCGAAUAUGCAGAAGGUGAUUGAGCUGUCGCAAAGUGUUGUGGUCGACAAGUCGCUGAUGGAGCGCUUCGAGGAAGUUCAGCGGCAGAGCAAGCAGGCGGCCAGGGCCGCCUCCACCACAUCGAUUAUGAUGGCCAGCGAAACGGAAACGGAAAUGGAAAUGGAAACGGCCACGGUGGAGUUCGGUAACAGCACGACCACCCGGACGACCACGACCAAAAGCAUUUCGAUGUCCACGUUCGAGACGCAGUGCCUGCGAAAGACCCUUCGAUCCACCUUGAGCAGCAGCAGCAGCAACACGAGCAGCGGCAGUCCCUGCAACGGCAACCAGGAUGCGGAAACGGAAGCCGUUGCCGAUGCCGAUGCCGAUGCCGAUGACGAAGUCCGGCCAAAGUCCGUGGCCAGGAGGUCGGACGAAACGGAAAAGCAAUCACUUGAGACGCUGCUGCUGCAGCACAAACAACAGCUGCAACAGCAGCAGCAACAAGGAGCCGCAUCGGAUGCUGUCGAGGAAGCUGCAACAGCAACGCCAGUUGGGAAUAAUCAAAGCGAUAAUAAUAGCCAGCACAAUAAGCAAAACAACAUCCUUAAACAGCAAAUUACAUUGUCAUUGGAUUUGUCCGACCAUGAGGACGAGGGCAGGGGCGACAACGGGGGAGAUGGCAGCAGCAGCAUCGCGGCAACCCCAAUCACACCCACAACACCGAGUGCCUCGACCAGUGUGCCGGCACAGCAACAUCUCCAGUUCGAGCAACAGAAGCCCAUCAAAGUGCAGUCCGACAAGGACUGCACGGUGCCCUACAACAUUAUCAACAAUUAUUUUUCCGUCGGCGUGGAUGCCGCCAUCUGCGUCAAGUUUCACUUGGAGAGGGAAAAGAACCCGCACAAAUUCAACAGCCGCAUGAAGAACAAGCUCUGGUACUUCGAAUAUGCAACAUCCGAGACAUUUGCGGCAUCCUGCAAGAAUCUCCACGAGAGCAUCGAAAUUGUGUGCGAUGGCGUGGCUCUGGACCUGGCCAACGGACCCCACCUGCAGGGUGUGGCCCUGCUCAACAUCCCAUACACACACGGCGGUUCCAACCUGUGGGGCGAGCACCUGUCCCAGAAGCGGAUCCGAAAGAGCGCCGGUCCCUUCGGCAAGAGCAAGAAACUCCGGGCGGGCGACAAGGAGUUCUCGGCCACCAGCUUUAAUUCCGCGGAUCUCUCGGUGGCCAUACAAGAUUUUGGAGAUCGCCUUAUCGAGGUGAUUGGCCUGGAGAACUGCCUGCACAUGGGGCAGGUGAGAACUGGACUUCGAGCCUCGGGUCGCCGGUUGGCACAGUGUAGCGAGGUGAUCAUCAAGACGAAGAAAACAUUUCCUAUGCAGAUCGAUGGCGAGCCCUGGAUGCAGAUGCCCUGCACGAUCAAGGUGACCCACAAGAACCAGGUACCGAUGCUGAUGGCGCCGCGAUCAGAGAAGGGACGCGGUUUCUUCAAUUUACUGUGCAGCUGAUUCAGGCGCAGCGCAUCGAGCGACUUCAUGGGCAGAAAUGCCCCCGAGUCCGCCGAUGAGCUGGAUGAUGACUUCCGGAUCGUCACUAGGAGCACCACCGUCCACAACAUAGCCUAGCGUCAAUAGCUUUAGUCCAAGUCCACCCACGAUAGCAUCGAAUUGGUUUGUCCUAGGUUAAGGCUUCCCCUUAUGAUAGUGUAGAUGUGCUAUAUGUAUUCGUAUAUAUGUAUGUAUGUCGAGUGAGUUUCAGAGCUUUAUAUAUAGUGUUAGAGUAGCCAAAUAUACAACCGAGUCAAGUCCAUUCCAAUGGGAUCCGAGUGCGGAAGCUGUAUAUAGCAAUACCAGUACGAGAUCGGGGCAUCCCCGAUUCAGCGUGCAAAGGCUUUAGGUGUACAGUGCCACAGGAUAUUUUAAUAACUCUUUAAAAACGAUAACAUAGCGAAAAUUGUCCAAUUAUGCAACUGAAAUGAGACCAACCAAACAACCAGAAAAAAACCAAAACUAACAGCAUUGUAGUGCGAAUUUUAUGCCUUAGGCCUAAGUAAUUUAAUCCGUCAUUACCAGUGGCGGGUGUUGCAAGGGUCGAAGAUAUAAUACGAUCAGUGCCGAACCCAAAAAAGAAACAUAUCAAUGACUUCCGACUCGAGAAAUUACUUUUGGGGAACAUCCGCCACUGAUUUGCGAACUUUAUUUUUUUUUAGUACUUUAUAUUGUAUAUAGAUAAAACAAAUGUAACUUGAUAUGCAAAUGUCAAAUUAAUGGUGCAGCUUUAAACGAAAUUUUAUAUAUGUAUGAACACAUGUAUUGAGAUGAAAUGAAUUGGAUGUUUAAUAA